AUGCAAAUAAACCUUCAAAGGUCAAAGGCAGCCACCACCGAAGCCAUGCAAAUGGCAAACACCUAUCACACGGACAUUUUGGUCGUCCAAGAGCCUUACUGUUACAACAGAAGGAUUGCUCUCUUCGGCAGUCUCAACACUUUUAACCACUUCGACCCAUCAGAGAACCCGCGGGCCGGCAUCAUCAUUGUGAACAAGAACACCAACGCACACCAGUUGAUCCAGCAUACCUGCAGGAACUACACUACCAUUAUAAUAAAGAUUCACACUAUCUCUCUGGCCAUCAUCUCCUUUUACUGUUCGCCAUCAGAAGAUAUAACUCAACCGCUUGAGGACCUCCAAGAAACGAUCCAACACCUAAAAGGAAUCCCGAUACUGAUUGCUGGAGAUUUCAAUGCGAAAUCUCAGAUCUGGCACAGUCCAGUGGAAGAUCCGAGGGGAUACAAGGUAGUGGAGCUUAUGAACAGUUACGAUCUCCAAUCCAUGAAUACCAGCAGGCUGGCGACCUACUCUUCCUCCACGGGGGAAAGUUGGGUCGACAUCUGUCUGGCUAACCGCCCUCUAAUUGCACAAGGGAUCCAAUGCAGUACCCUCGGAACGCAUUCGGCCAGCGACCACCGCUAUAUCGAGACGGUGAUCACAGCUAUUGGGGUGAUCAAGCACUACUGCAUCCGGCAAAAAACUCAUUGGGAUCAUUUUCAAGACUAUAUACGGAGGAACUGGAUAUCAGAUCCACUAGUGAAUAUGGAUACAAUUGAACUGGAAGGGACCAUAGACAAGCUCCAGAAGCUGAUACUACAGGCCUACAAUAACACCACCAAAACCUAUACAUCUAGGCAAUCCGCCCCAUGGUGGAAUAGGGACCUGGCAAAGCAACGACGCAAUCUUAGAAAAUCAAGGAAGCGCUUUCGGCGGGAGCGCAAUCAGGACAGGCGGGAGGAGCUCCGCCAGGACUACCUCACGCUCUUCCGGGACUACAAAUCCUCGAUCUGCAAGGCACGCACGGAUUCCUGGAAGAACGAAGCUACGAGUCUAGAUGGGAUAAACAAAGACAUUAACAAUAAUGAAAACUCUCCCAGAUCUACUUCUCAACAUUCUCAACUUUUGCCUCAAGCAUUUAUUGGUUUUGGGAGUCCAAGGGACUGUUUCAUGAAGCCCAAUAUGGUUUCUGGUGCCAGCGUGGAGGUGCUGACGCAUUGA